AUGAAGACUGUUUUUGUUUAUGUACUCGUGAUUCUGGCACUCAUCUCUACUGUCUACAGUAAAAGUGUGUUAAGGCCGGAUGUUGAGACUGAUGAAAGUAAGUUACUUUGUAGCUUUUUUUUAUAUUUAAGUUGUGAUUGCAGCAAAAAACAAAUGUUUAUGGUUUUAUAAGUACAAAUGUACUAUUAAAAUUAAAAAGAAGGUACCUAACCGGUUCGGCUCAGAAUUAGCUCAAAGUUUCUAUAUUUAUUCUUUUUAUCAAAAAAUUUCAAAGUGAUAAGUUUAAAACUCAAUGUUAACUCGGGUACUUUCCUUGUUAGUACUAUUAUACUAUUUUUAAAUUUCAUCAACUUGUUUUGGUUUAAUUACAAUAAUAAGCUUUUUUUAAACUUAUGACGCAUGUCUAGAAGUUUUUUCUUAUUUGUAUAAGGGUUAUCUUAAACGAUUUUCAAUUUCAAUGACAAACUUAAAUAAGACAGUCUUAUCAAGCAGUAUAUUUAAUGACUUUAGCAAAGACAAAAUUACCAAUUUUGAGUUGAAAGAUAAAAGAUUAUUGACUAGUUUUUGUAGUGUAAUAGUUAUAAAAUGAUAAGUGCUGUCGUGCAAAGAGCUUUUGAAAAACGUCAUCUUAUGUCAAUAUUUGAACGAAUAAUAAGGCUAAUAGCUUGUUUUAAUUAUUAUUAAUACUAUUAUAAUAUAUUAGGUUAAAAAAUUUAGUAAAAAUUUCACGGUUUUAAAAAUGAUUUUUGUAAAACACGUUACUGCGCACUGAUUGUCAGAAAAAUUAUCAUUUAGUAAACUUGAAAGUGCUAAAACCAAAAAUUUCUUGUGUAUUACAAUGGUAAUGGUAUAACAAUAACAAUUUUAGAAUGUGACAAAGUGGCAUGCAUAGGCAAAUGUGAACAUUACUGUCAUGACCUUGGCCUUGAGCCAAAUUGUGAAUAUAUGGGCGAAAAGGUUGGAUGCAUAUGUGUUUGUCAUCAUGGCCAUUAG